CGAAGGCGCUGGGGGGAAAAGUGCUGGUGGCGACGACUGCCCGGAGACAACAUGAUCAGGCUCUGAAAGGGUUCCAGUUGCAAUUUCAGAAGAUAGACUCUCUGCGGCUCCCUGGGCAGUAGUGAUUGCACACUGCCAGCACAGGCUGCUGACGAGCUGAACUAAGUACAGGAUGGUGCACAUCACCAGGCCGCUGUUGCUGCUCCUUGCCUUCUUCCUCCGCGUGGAUGCUGAGACACCUCCUAGGUUUACACGAACUCCCGUUGAUCAAACAGGGGUCUCUGGCGGAGUUGCUUCUUUCAUUUGCCAAGCUACAGGAGACCCACGACCUAAAAUUGUGUGGAACAAAAAAGGAAAGAAAGUCAGCAACCAGAGAUUUGAGGUAAUAGAGUUUGAUGAUGGAUCUGGAUCAGUUCUCAGAAUUCAGCCUUUGCGGACUCCUCGGGAUGAGGCCAUUUAUGAAUGCGUGGCCUCGAACAAUGUGGGAGAGAUAAGUGUGUCCACCAGACUCACAGUUUUACGUGAGGACCAGAUUCCUAGGGGCUUUCCUACCAUUGAUAUGGGCCCACAGUUAAAGGUGGUAGAGCGUACACGCACUGCCACCAUGCUUUGUGCAGCCAGUGGUAAUCCGGAUCCAGAAAUCACUUGGUUUAAAGAUUUCUUACCUGUCGACACAAGCAACAACAAUGGUCGUAUUAAGCAGUUACGAUCAGGAGCCCUUCAGAUCGAACAGAGUGAAGAAUCUGACCAAGGAAAAUAUGAGUGUGUUGCUACGAACAGCGCAGGCACUCGCUACUCUGCCCCUGCCAAUUUAUAUGUCAGAGUUCGCCGUGUCCCACCAAGAUUCUCUAUCCCACCCACUAAUCAUGAAAUCAUGCCAGGUGGAAGUGUUAAUAUCACCUGUGUGGCAGUGGGGUCACCAAUGCCUUAUGUGAAGUGGAUGUUGGGGGCAGAAGAUUUGACACCUGAAGAUGACAUGCCUAUUGGGAGAAAUGUCUUAGAACUGAAUGAUGUAAGACAGUCAGCAAAUUAUACCUGUGUUGCCAUGUCAACACUAGGAGUCAUUGAAGCAAUAGCACAGAUCACUGUCAAAGCCUUACCCAAACCUCCAGGAACUCCAGUAGUGACUGAAAGCACUGCUACAAGCAUCACCUUAACGUGGGACUCUGGGAACCCUGAGCCUGUCUCCUACUACAUCAUUCAGCAUAAACCUAAAAAUUCUGAGGAACCUUACAAAGAAAUCGAUGGGGUAGCAACCACACGCUACAGUGUUGCUGGACUAAGUCCCUACUCGGAUUAUGAAUUCAGAGUUGUAGCUGUCAAUAACAUCGGGCGGGGGCCUCCCAGUGAACCUGUGUUAACACAAACCUCAGAGCAAGCACCAUCCAGUGCCCCAAGGGAUGUCCAGGCACGGAUGUUGAGCUCAACCACCAUCUUGGUACAGUGGAAGGAACCUGAGGAGCCAAAUGGACAGAUCCAAGGAUACAGAGUGUAUUAUACCAUGGAUCCUACUCAACAUGUCAACAACUGGAUGAAACAUAAUGUAGCAGAUAGCCAAAUCACUACCAUUGGCAAUUUAGUGCCCCAGAAAACAUAUUCAGUCAAAGUGUUGGCUUUUACCUCAAUUGGAGAUGGUCCUCUCUCAAGUGACAUACAAGUCAUCACUCAGACAGGAGUACCAGGGCAGCCACUAAACUUCAAAGCAGAACCUGAGUCUGAAACAAGCAUUUUGCUCUCUUGGACACCUCCACGUUCCGACACCAUCGCCAGCUAUGAACUAGUCUACAAAGAUGGGGAGCUUGGAGAGGAGCAACGAGUUACCAUUGAGCCAGGGACAUCAUACAGGCUGCAAGGGCUGAAACCAAACAGCCUUUACUAUUUCCGUCUGGCUGCACGCUCUCCUCAAGGCCUGGGUGCUUCCACAACGGAAAUAUCAGCAAGAACCAUGCAAUCAAAGCCGUCAGCUCCUCCUCAAGACAUUAGUUGUACCAGUCCAAGUUCCACUAGUAUCUUGGUAAGUUGGCAACCUCCACCAGUGGAAAAACAGAAUGGAAUCAUCACCGAAUACUCACUCAAGUACAUCGCCGUGGACGGGGAAGAUGACAAGCCUCAUGAGGUUUUGGGAAUCCCUUCGGACACUACCAAAUACCUUUUGGAACAGCUGGAAAAAUGGACUGAAUACCGGAUCACUGUGACUGCUCACACCGAUGUCGGCCCUGGCCCUGAGAGCCUGUCCAUAUUGAUUCGAACCGAUGAAGAUGUUCCUAGUGGUCCUCCUCGCAAAGUCGAGGUAGAGGCUGUCAACUCAACAUCUGUUAAAGUCUCAUGGCGCUCACCUGUGCCCAAUAAACAGCAUGGCCAGAUAAGAGGAUACCAGGUGCAUUAUGUGAGGAUGGAAAAUGGUGAGCCCAAGGGGCAGCCCAUGCUGAAGGACGUCAUGCUGGCUGAUGCACAGGACAUGAUCAUUUCUGGGCUACAGCCUGAAACUUCAUACUCUCUCACUGUCACAGCCUAUACCACCAAAGGAGAUGGUGCUCGAAGCAAGCCCAAACUGGUGUCCACCACUGGGGCAGUUCCAGGAAAACCCCGGCUAGUAAUUAACCACACUCAGAUGAAUACUGCUCUCAUUCAGUGGCACCCCCCCGUGGACACCUUUGGACCCCUUCAGGGCUACCGUCUAAAGUUUGGCCGCAAAGAUAUGGAACCACUCACUACUCUGGAGUUCUCAGAAAAAGAAGAUCACUUUACAGCUACAGACAUCCACAAGGGAGCAUCUUAUGUCUUCAGGCUCUCCGCCAGAAAUAAAGUGGGCUUUGGGGAGGAGAUGGUGAAAGAAAUCACUGUUCCCGAAGAAAUACCAACUGGAUUCCCUCAAAACCUCCACUCAGAAGGCACCACUUCAACCUCUGUCCAGUUAUCUUGGCAGCCACCUGUCCUGGCAGAGCGAAAUGGCAUUAUCACCAAGUAUACUCUUCUAUAUAGGGAUAUCAACAUCCCCCUUCACCCAUUGGAGCAACUUCUUGUUCCAGCUGACACUUCUAUGACACUCACUGGCUUAAAACCCGAUACCACAUAUGAUGUAAAAGUACGUGCUCACACGAGCAAAGGGCCCGGGCCAUAUAGUCCCAGUGUCCAGUUCAGGACACUGCCUGUGGAUCAAGCAGUGUUUGCAAAAAAUUUUCAUGUCAAAGCAGUAAUGAAGACUUCUGUGUUGCUGUCUUGGGAGAUUCCAGAGAAUUAUAAUUCUGCCAUGCCUUUCAAAAUUCUUUAUGACGAUGGGAAAAUGGUAGAAGAAGUUGAUGGCCGAGCCACACAGAAGUUAAUUGUCAACCUAAAGCCUGAGAAGUCCUAUUCCUUUGUGCUAACAAAUCGUGGGAACAGUGCUGGUGGUCUGCAGCACAGGGUAACCGCCAAGACUGCACCAGAUGUUCUGCGCACCAAACCUGCCUUCAUUGGAAAGACCAACUUGGAUGGAAUGAUUACUGUGCAACUUCCUGAAGUUCCUGCAAAUGAAAACAUAAAAGGUUACUACAUAAUAAUCGUGCCUUUGAAGAAAUCUCGUGGGAAAUUUAUCAAGCCAUGGGAAAGUCCUGAUGAAAUGGAAUUAGAUGAGCUGCUUAAGGAGAUAUCUAGGAAACGCAGAAGCAUCCGUUAUGGGAGAGAAGUCGAAUUAAAGCCAUAUAUUGCAGCUCACUUUGAUGUUCUGCCUACUGAGUUCACCCUGGGGGAUGACAAGCAUUACGGUGGAUUUACAAACAAGCAACUCCAAAGUGGUCAAGAAUAUGUCUUCUUCGUGUUAGCGGUGAUGGAACAUGCAGAGUCUAAGAUGUAUGCAACCAGCCCCUAUUCUGACCCUGUUGUGUCAAUGGAUCUGGACCCACAGCCAAUCACAGAUGAAGAGGAAGGCUUGAUCUGGGUUGUAGGGCCUGUCCUCGCAGUGGUCUUUAUCAUCUGCAUUGUCAUUGCUAUUCUUCUCUACAAAAGGAAAAGGGCAGAAUCCGAGUCUAGAAAAAGCAGCAUACCGAACAGUAAGGAGGUCCCUUCACACCAUCCAACAGACCCAGUAGAACUGAGGCGCCUUAACUUUCAAACACCAGGUAUGGCUAGUCAUCCUCCAAUACCUAUCUUGGAACUUGCAGAUCACAUUGAAAGGUUGAAAGCAAAUGACAACUUGAAGUUUUCCCAAGAAUAUGAGUCAAUUGACCCUGGCCAACAGUUCACAUGGGAACAUUCAAACUUGGAAGUAAAUAAACCAAAGAACAGAUAUGCAAAUGUAAUUGCAUAUGAUCAUUCCCGGGUUCUCUUAUCAGCAAUAGAAGGCAUCCCAGGAAGUGACUAUGUGAAUGCCAACUACAUAGAUGGCUACAGGAAGCAAAAUGCUUAUAUUGCAACACAGGGAUCUCUUCCUGAAACAUUUGGGGACUUUUGGAGAAUGAUAUGGGAGCAACGGAGUGCCACGAUUGUCAUGAUGACAAAAUUAGAAGAAAGAUCCAGGGUGAAGUGUGACCAAUAUUGGCCCAGCCGAGGCACAGAGACCCAUGGACUGGUCCAAGUGACACUGCUAGAUACAGUGGAGCUGGCCACAUAUUGUGUUCGAACAUUUGCACUUUACAAGAAUGGCUCAAGUGAGAAGAGAGAAGUGAGACAAUUCCAGUUCACCGCCUGGCCUGACCAUGGCGUUCCAGAGCACCCCACGCCUUUCUUAGCUUUCUUACGGAGAGUCAAAACCUGUAACCCUCCUGAUGCAGGACCCAUGGUUGUGCACUGCAGUGCGGGAGUUGGCCGGACUGGUUGUUUCAUCGUAAUAGAUGCCAUGUUAGAAAGAAUAAAGCAUGAAAAAACUGUAGAUAUUUAUGGCCAUGUAACCUUAAUGAGAGCCCAGAGGAAUUACAUGGUUCAAACAGAAGACCAGUACAUCUUUAUCCAUGAUGCACUGUUAGAAGCAGUGACUUGUGGAAAUACCGAAGUGCCAGCUAGAAAUUUGUAUGCCUACAUUCAGAAGCUGACACAAAUAGAAACAGGGGAGAAUGUCACAGGAAUGGAGCUUGAAUUUAAGCGUCUAGCCAGCUCAAAAGCUCACACCUCAAGAUUCAUCAGUGCCAAUCUUCCAUGUAAUAAAUUCAAAAAUCGCCUUGUUAAUAUUAUGCCAUAUGAAUCCACAAGGGUAUGCCUACAGCCUAUCCGAGGAGUAGAAGGAUCUGAUUACAUCAAUGCCAGUUUUAUUGAUGGAUACAGACAACAGAAGGCCUACAUUGCUACCCAAGGACCCUUGGCAGAAACCACUGAAGACUUUUGGCGGAUGCUCUGGGAACACAACUCCACCAUCGUCGUGAUGCUAACCAAGCUGCGUGAAAUGGGCAGAGAGAAAUGUCACCAAUACUGGCCAGCUGAGCGUUCGGCGAGAUAUCAGUAUUUUGUUGUAGAUCCUAUGGCUGAAUAUAACAUGCCACAAUAUAUCCUAAGGGAAUUCAAGGUCACAGAUGCCAGGGACGGCCAGUCCCGAACAGUGAGGCAGUUCCAGUUCACUGACUGGCCAGAACAAGGAGUGCCAAAGUCUGGAGAAGGAUUUAUUGACUUCAUCGGCCAAGUUCAUAAAACAAAGGAGCAGUUUGGUCAAGAUGGACCCAUUUCAGUCCACUGCAGUGCGGGCGUUGGAAGAACUGGUGUCUUCAUAACACUGAGCAUUGUUUUGGAAAGAAUGAGAUAUGAAGGAGUUGUAGACAUCUUCCAGACUGUCAAAAUGUUAAGAACACAACGACCAGCCAUGGUGCAGACAGAGGAUCAAUACCAGUUCUGCUAUCGAGCCGCACUCGAAUACCUGGGCAGCUUUGAUCACUAUGCAACAUAGAAACCCCUGACCCUUUCUGGAUUUUUACUACAGGCCCUUCAAUAUCCACGGAGUCUCUUCUGAGCCAUACAGGGCAUUUGAGAAGUCCUUCUUAACUUCUAGCUAACAACCACUUAGUGGAACUAUUACACACAAAACAAAUUUAAAACAAACUCCUCCAACUGGACCAAGCAUUCACAGUUUAAUAAUCUAACCUGGAAAAAAAAAAAAAAAAGGAGAAUCCUGACUUACGAGGAAUCUGGAGGAUUUUAUUUACAGAUACCUCAAGGAUUCAAAAUAACAGAAGAACUCACAGCAAAGAACCAUCAUCCUGUUCAGGAUUGCUUGAUAAGAUACAAAGAGAGAUUGGCCAGCGAGUUUCAGUUCACACAGGGGUUCGCUGGUGUGGCUUCUUACAGUAAGAUCGAAUCUGCUUCUCCAUUGCCCUUCCCACCAUACUGCUCAUAACUACAUUUUAGGGGUCAGGGUGGGGAAUGUUAAAAAAAAAAGAAAGUCCUUGAUUUAGUUUUCUAGUAUUGUAAAGAUACUGCUGACCUGUGUUUCAUUUCUAACUGUGUAAACUUUUUUUUUAACAAAAUGUAUCAUUCGAUAAAGUGAAUUUUAAAAUGAGUUACAUAACUCUUCAUUUUUUAAUUUCCAAAUUGUAGGGAGUUUUUUUUAAGCUGUAGAACUGUUACCUGUAAUAUCCUGUAGAAAUAUCAAAGAAUUUGAAAAUUUGCACAUUUUUGUGCAAUACUCUUAAUCUACAGUCUCAGAUUCAGCAACUGUUACUUUUUAGACUUCUGUUUAGUUCUAAUCGAUGAGCAAUUACCUAUUCUCUUCAAAUAAUCAAAGCCAAGUUUUGUUGUGGUUUUGGAAUCAACAGGGAAGCGCAAAGUAUAAAGUUGCUACUUACAUAUAUACAUAUAUAUCCAUAUUUUACAUAAGGAUGUCUAUGUAUAUAUAGUAUCCACACAAAGACAGAGUUAGCUAUCAUUCAGUUCUUCCAUGAUUUAGUUUUCUGAAGGGUAGAAAAGCCAAUGUAAACAUCUUUUUUCAGUUGCUUCUUAAUUUUACAACAUAUUGGUAUUUCUUAAUAUCACAACUUUUAUUUUUGAAGGGAAAUGAGGAAUGCACAUCAAUGAUGGUCAAACCUCACCCCCUAUUGUUAUACCCAAGAUCUGCCCCCCACCACCCCACCGACCCCAUCAUAUUCACAAAUACCAUUUUGUUAGCCAGGCUUCCAAUGAAGUUCAAUAUUUCUAACACUCUAGUGCAAUAAAGAUUAUUAAAUAUCUAAGAGGUGUGCAUGUGGGAAAAGGUCAGUGCAAAUCCCUUUGGGAGGGGAGAAUGUUGUAAUAUAUCAGCUAUCAAGUUGUUUUUUUAAAAAAAUUGUAUUCAAUCGUAUAUCGUCUAUAGUAUGUGCUAUGAAAUUUGCAUUUAUGAUAUGUAACAGGGGCAAAGCCAAACUCAUGUUACUUCCUUCAGUCAGAAGCAUUUUGUGGCAUACAGCAUUCCUGGGAAGUGCUGUACUUUGUUUUGUUUUAGUUUUAGUUUUGCAUUUAGAGUGCCUUAUAAUUGAUGCCUAUUUUAAUAGACUUUCUUUUUUAGCUUUUGGUUCGUAUUUCCAUUAGUGUUCGUAUCUGUUACUCUUUGAAUUAAAGCAUUAUCUGUUUACCACAUGUACAAAAACUCUUUGAAUAAUAUGCAUUCCUAGUUUUCAACCAAGUUGGGGAUGUUAGCAAAUGUACCAGCCCAAAGCACUUGGAUAAUCAGGGCCCUUCUGUUCCUAAUCUCUCAACAUCAGGAAAAGAAAAAAUCUAUUGAUUUAUUUAUAAUCCUUUCCAAAUCAGUUCUGGAACAUGCAGUAACUGCACCAAACGUACUUUAGUAACAAGCAUCACUGGUGACUUUGGGAUGUACUGGAUAGUCCACAACUAGCUGGAAUCUUUCUGAAAGAGGAAACAAAUAUUAUAGACCUCCCCCAAAUCUUCCAACUUCCAUCUUUUCUAGGAAGCUGUGGGUGGUGGCAUUAGUUGGCCAUAGAUUCCAUAACUUUAGGGAAACCUCAGAAAAAUCUUAAGACCAAUAAAAGAGUUUCAAUAUAGUUCCAUUUGGGUUAGGUUUUAGCUUCCAGGAUGUGCUGAAUGAAUGGAUGUUUGUUUUCACUUUUUUUUUUUAACCCAUCAACUGGUGGAGUGAAAUCCAAGAGACCAAACACUUACAAGCAUCGUAUUUGAGCACUUUUGUAGAAAAAAAUAAAUAAAAGAAAAAAGAAAAAACUAUAUAUAUGUAUAAUACUUAAAAAAAUAGUAUCUAGAAGGCUACCUCAGAAUGAGACUCUCUAACCUUCAUCAGAACCAGAGAAGAAUGUGCACUAUGUGGGUCUGUUGUUGUUUUCUUUUAGGUUGUUAUCUUUUGAAGAUUUAUCCAAGUGCCAGAUUACUCAGUGCUGUAACUUUCCUUUAGUGAAACAAGGGGGAGGGGGGGUGUCAGACAUCACAUCAUCCACACACGCCAUGCUGCACAUGGGGAAAUGAUGCAGUAUUGCACACCAGAACAAUUGGCCCAUGAGCAAUUUGUCUCCCUGAAAAGCAACAACAACAAAAACCAAACCUGCCCCCAUGGCAGAAAAAAUGAGGGAAAGAUGUUCAUGAAUGGGAUACAUACCAUAGAUGAAUGAGGCGGAGACUAUUCCAGAAAUCUGACUGUUCAAGAGCUGUUUCUAGAACUAACUCCCUUACUGUCAUUGAUGUGCAUUCCACUCUGUAACUUUUCUGUAUAACCAUCCAAGGUUUUAAUUUCCCUGGUAAACAUCUUUAUCUAACAUUCUCAUCGACUUUCAAGUUUCCAGUUAUGUUCAUCCUCAUAACCAGUACGGUGCUAUUAUUUACCUAUGUAUGUGUAGUUAUGUAUAAUUUUGUAAUUAGUUACAAUGGUAAAAAAAAUCAAAAUAUAUAAAAAGUGAUUUGUACAGAACUUUAUUUUAGCUCUUUUUUAAAAAUUAUUUGCAUGGUUAGACAAUGGCAAGGACAGCCAGGGGAGGGAAGGGCCUCUAGGGAACUUUGCACUUUCUCUACCUUUGUACUAUGCACUGCCCUAUUGAUUCUACACCCAAUAAUGUUAUUACUUGAACCCAUCUGUAAGAAACUGCUUCAGAAAUUCAUUUAUGUGUAUGUAAAUAACACAACACAGAAACAGGAAAGAGAAAAACUAUGUGCAGUGAUGCACAGAGAAAAGAUGUGCAUCUGUGCUCAUAUUUUUCCUGUCCUGUUUCUUUUUGGUUUUUCAGUCCUUCUUCUUAAGUGUUUUUUUUUCUUGUUUUGUUUUUCUUUUUGGAUUAUUGUUUCAUUUGGGUUUAUGGGUGCCCUGAUACUCCAGCAGAGAUCAGAAGGCUACAGGUCCAUCCUAUCCAUCCGUUAUGUGGCUUUGCCAUCCAAGCUUGGAGUGUCUUUACAAAGAUAAAAACAGUUGUGUUCUUUGCUCUCGUUUUGGAUGCAUAGACUGAAAACUUUAAAAAAAUAACUUGUAAAAUGGCUUGUUAAAAAAAUACAAUUACCUCUAAUUAGUAGUACGCGUAAAUGUUUUACAGAAUGAAAGGCGUGCUUUUUAUUUUCUUACUUCGUUACAUUGGUGGCGAAAGAAGUCUGUAUGAAAAUCAGUUCUUUGCUGACACAAGUUCCAUUUGUUACAAAUGAAUUCUAAUAAAAAUGUCAGUGUUAUGCA